AUGGGGCCGCUGAUUGACGUGGUGAAAGAGGCGGUGCUGGCAGCGGUGAGAGAGGAGCUGGCUGCACACAAGGAGGAGGUGGAUGAGCUGCGGCACAUGUUGAAAGCAGUGGAGGAGAGGAAUGGGGUGAUUGCUGCUACGAUGGAGGAGAAGGAGAGGGAGCUGGUAGUUGUGAAGGGGGAGUUGGCAACAACAAAAAAGGAGUUGGCUGAGCACAAGCAGUCAACUAAGUUGCAGUUGGAGGAGGUUGAGGAAAAACGAGUGGCAGAGAUGAAGGAUAUGAGAAGGCAGGUGGAGGAGGGGGAGAGGGAGCUGGCGGAACACAAGGAGGCUGUGAAAGAGAAAUGGGAUGUGGCUGAGAGUAAAAAGGAUUUGGAUCUGAGAGAGCUGAAGGAUGAAAUGCGAGCGGAGUUCGCAAGGGAGAGGGAGGAGAGGAGGAAGGAGGUGCGGGGGUUGAAUUGGCCACGUGCCAUGGAGGAAUUGGCAGCCUGCAAGGAAUGGCAGAUGAUACAAGACGUGAAGUCGAAUAUUGAUUUGGAAAUCCAGCAGAGCGAUGGCAUUUGGAAGGUUGCAUGCCAGGUGGGUGCCUCCCUUCCCCGCUCCAUUCUCACUGUGCAUUCAGCCAGUUGUCCUGAUGCCAUUGCUGUUGCCACUGCCGCUGCUACAGCUGCUUUUGGUGCUUCUAUCCACAUACUGCCCCCCCAAGCGGUCCUCAGAGGAAGGCGAGGCACUGCUGUGGAAGGCACAGGAGGAGGUGCAGCAGCUAAGACACUCCUAGCACUCAAACCCAUGCCUCACAACCCUCCUUUCUGCUCCCCUGCCCUUCGCCCCUCACCUGUGCAAUUCCACCACGCGCCGCCUGCCAACAAUUGA